AUGGAUGUAUUACGGCAGCAAAAGUCAAAUGCAGAGCAGUAUAUUCACACUUGGGCUAACAGUCUUCAUUCUCAAGUCGAUGACCAUGCAAGACUCCAAAAAGAGUGUCUUCAAAUGUACUAUGAAGAGAGAGAUAACUAUUUGAAAGAGAAGAAAACUGUCACUAUCAGUACUGCACAAGCAUUGGACUACCAUAACAAUCUUCACGAAAUUGAUAAACUAUUGAAAGACUGUAAGAAUUUAAAGCUUGAAUUGCUAGCCGAAAGCUACCAAGAAGAUAAGUCGCUUCCGUUUAUAUACUAUACGACCAAAGAUCAGCUUGAAAAAAUAAAAGCACAGAACACUCAUGUUAGUAAGACUGCAAAUAACACACAAAAUGCAUCAUCUUCAACGAGCAAUUAUCGAGACGCUAACGUUGCUACAUACUUAAAGACAGAUUCAUCCAAUAAUCAGACAUUGCCGAGUGAACAGCAAACUAACACACCAUCAUCAGCAUUCAACUCUACCACUACGUAUGAUCGCUCAAUUAGUCAGAAUAUAGAUGAUGAGGACGGAGAAACGAAAUGUCCAGUGUGCUUUAUGUUAUAUCCACCAAAUAUGAGUCGAAUCGAUCGAGGAAAACAUGCAGACGACCACUUCAAGGAUGAUUAG